CCCCACUCCCUCCCCGCGCGCCCUACGCCCAGCCUGCGAGGCCCCCGGCCCAGGCUCCGCGGCCGCACUCACCGCCGCGCUCCGCGCCUGCGCCGCACGCCUCAGGGGCCCGCCGAGAGGGCGGGGAGGUGACGAGUGAUGAAAACCAGGCGGCGGUCCUGCGAAAGAGGAGGUGGUUUUGCCCGCCAGCGCCUUGGUUCCACUAGCGUCGUGCUCUGGCCUCGAGAGCCUUUCGCGCUGGCAGCAGCUGGACAUCAGCUCACUGUUGGCUAAGCCGACUCUUCUGAGAACAAGCUCAUAGAAAAGGCCAGCCUUUUCUACCUCAGGGACGAGGAGAAACACAGACCACAAUGAUGGAGGCCCCCCAGACGUGCACAGGAAGCUGCCAUCCAGUGCUGGAGAGGACCGGGCCACGCUGCUAGGGUUUGCAAUGAUGGGUUUCUCGGUCCUAAUGUUCUUCGUGCUUGGAGUAACCAUCCUGAAGCCCUUCUUGCUCAGCACUCAGAGAGAAGAAUCGAACUGCACUAUCAUUCAUGCGCACAUCAUGGAUGACUGGAUGGACUGUGCAUUUACCUGUGGGAUGGACUGCCGAGGUCAGGGCAAGUACCCGUGUCUCCAGCUGUUUGUGAACCUCACCCAUUCAGGUCAUAAAGUGCUCCUACGUUAUAAUGAAGAGGCUGUCCAGAUAAAUUCCAAGUGCUUCUAUACACCUAAGUGCCACCGGGAUAGAAAUGAUUUGCUCAGUGGUGCUCUGGACAUAAAGGAAUUCUUUGAUCACAAAAAUGGGACCCCGUUUUCAUGCUUCUACAGUCCAGACAGCCAAUCUGAAGAUGUCAUUCUCAUAAAAAAGUACGACCAGAUGGUGAUCUUCCACUGUUUAUUCUGGCCUUCGCUGACCUUGCUGGGUGGUGUCCUGAUAGUUGGCAUGGUGAGAUUAACACAGUACCUGUCCUUCUUGUGUGAAAAACACAGCACUGCAUUCAGAGGUGAGGAACUUGAGCAUCUAUGGACUCUGGAAUCAGCAGGCGUCUGGGAACCAAUCCACAGCAGAUACCAAGGGAAGACUGUUAGUGACAGUAUGAAGGCAACGGCAGAGUCUUUACCAGCUUAUCAGAGACAGUUCUUCUAACUUAGCUGAAUCUCAUUAGCCAUUCUGAGCCAAGGAAGAAGAGGACAAAUGGAAAGUACCACAGUGUACUCAACUAGUGUUAGUUAUUACUCUAUACAUUUAUAGAUAUAUGACUAUAUUCUUUCUAAUUAAUAUAGCUUACAAUUAAUAUUUACUAAUGGUUUACUUUUUCAGGAUAACUUUCAACAUACAUGUCGCCUUACUGGUUACCUACCGAAGAUCAAGACCUUGAUUUUGCCAGAUAUUUUCCAUAAUGCGAAUAAUCUGAAGGGUUAGCAUAUCUUGCCGUAAAUCUGAAAUUCAAAUAAUAUGUACAGCACCACUUAAUGCCACAAGCACAAAUUUGAGUAUCACAUCGUCACAAUGUUUUUAAACAGAAAAUAUAUAGAAUUAUAUUUGCUCUUCAAAAUAAUCUGUAAGGAAGCAAUAAUCUGAGUUUUUAACCCAUUUCUAAAGUAUCUGCAUAAACACAUCUGUAUAACAAUGUAGGAUAAGUGGGCACAUAUUUCACAAAAAAAUUAAAAUAUAUAAAUUACUUAUUUUUCUGAAUCCUUAAAUUUGAAUAUGUUUAUAUUAAAAUAUUUGGAUUAACAGAGUUCAGAGCUGAAAGGUCAUUUCCUAAUGGAAACCUAUCCAU